AAUCUGGUGAUGAUGAGGAGGGCAAUGCCUCAGACCAAGGAGAAGAAGAUGAAGAAGAGGAGGCAUCUAGGAAACGUAGAUCAGGACUCAACAAAAAAGGGGGUGAUGAUGAUGAAGAGGGACCCAGAGGUGGUGAUCUUGAUCUGGAUGAUGAUGAUAUUGAAAAAGGUGAUGAUUGGGAGCAUGAAGAAAUUUUCACAGAUGAUGAUGAAGCUCCUGGAAAUGAUCCGGAGGAAAGGGAAGAUUUGGCUCCUGAAAUCCCCGUUCCUCCGGAGAUUAAGCAGGAUGAUGAGGAUGAGGAUGAAGCUGAUGGGGAAGGAGGAGGGGGUUUGAGCGAAUCAGGUAAAGAGUUGAAGAAAAUUCUAGGAAAAGCUAAUGGGAUGAAUGAAUCAGAUCCAGAAGAUGAUGAUGACGAUGAUGAGGAAGAUGAUUUCUCAUCACCUGUAUUGGCUCCAAAGCUGAAAGUAACUCCAAAAGAGGAUCAAGCUGAGACCAGCAGUCCAGGGAAGCCAACUGGUUCGAGUUCCAUUCGAGCAGGCUCAUCAGCUUCGAAGUCAGCGAAGGGCAAACGAAAAGCCAGUGUGGAUGAACCAAAAUCUGCAAAUGUUGCUGCUUCAAAAAAAGCGAAAACAGAAACGGAAGUGAAGCCAGUGAAAGAAGAAGCUAUUCCACCUGCUGCUAAUAACAAUAGCAUCCCCAACAGUUUGACAUCAUCAUCUUUGACCCCACAGCAACCUGCAAGAACUGCUCCAACACCAGUGACUGAAGAUGAAAUUAGAGCUGUUUUGUUGCAGCAAAGGCCAGUUACCACUCAGGAUCUUGUCAACCAAUUUAAAUCUCGACUGAAAACAAAAGAGGACAAGAACACUUUCGCAGCUGUAUUGAGGAGAAUCUCCAGGAUACAGAAGACCGAAACUGCUAAUUAUGUAGUCUUGCGAGAGAGGACUAACCAGUAAGGCCAAAGUAGUGGUUUUCACUUACUGAGUUCUCCAACCUCAACUGAUGAUAUCAUGAUAUUAGCUCAAGACGCAAGAGAGGGUCAAGCAUGAAGUACACUUUUUUUUUGUAAAAAAAAAAACAUUAUGGAGAGUAAAGACAUGGAGAAAGAAGGAAUUAACUUUGGCUGUAUACAUGAAACAAUUGCAACAGGUUCUUUGCUGAUUUUCAUGCAGUGCAUUUUUUUAAUUUCAGUUGGUUAUUGCAACUUUACAUUUUAACAUACAGAAUGGAUCACCCCCUUCCCCACGUGUAUCAAUCCCCCCAAGGCAGAAGAUAACAUGUUGCUUUGUGAUCAACUUUGGUUCUGUUUGAUUGCAGGAAAAUAAGUUGUGCAUAAUGAUUUCAAUAGUUGUUUUCAAAAAAAUGUUUUCAAU